GGGGCAGGAGAGCAGGAAGGACAGAGCAGAGCACGCAGCGACUUGGGAAAACCUCCGGGAUGGGAGAUCCUGCUGGGACCUUGAGUCCAAGCUUUUAGUUUCUGGGAGAGUGGGAUGUGUGUGGGCCGGUUCUGUGGUCUCGGUAAGGAAAAGCUGCUUUCCAGCCUCUCUGCCGAGUGUGUCUCUAGAGGAGCUCGCUGGGGGUGGCUUUGGGCUCUCGGGAAGUGCCGGAGGUGGAUGGCACCUGGGCUGUCCCGGCUGGGAAGAGCUCAGCUGGGAGAAGGUUGGGCUCGAUGACCUCAGAGGUCUUUUCCCACCUUUUCCAUGACUCUGCGAGGUGACCGCGGCCGUUUCACGGCGAUUUACGGCUCAAACCCGAGGAUUUUUAGAUGUGCCCUGAUGCCGCAGGGUCUCCCGGCUCCUGGAAAUGCAGCUCUCUUCCAGCGUGGCUGAACUCAGCUGCGACGAGACCAUGGACCCACCGGCCGAGGACUUCCAGCAGGUCCUGUCCAUCGACCAGAUCCGCUCCAUCCGCGCCAGCAACAACUACGUGGAGAGGCCGGCGGCGUGCUUCCAGCAAACCCGCUCCAACCCCUCGCUCUCGCAGCCCCCGCACAAGCAGGAGUGGCCCCAGGAGCGCCUGGCGUCCUCCACCUUGCAGGACCUGCACCGCAGCCACAGCCAGCAGCACCAGAUGCCCCUGCAGCCGCACCUGAGCCACUCGAGCACGGCCAGCUCGGUGUCGCAGAGCACCGCGGCCUCCGAGCAGCGCCUGCUGAGCAGCCUGACCCCGUCGCACUCCGGGCACUCUCUGGUGCGGACGCAGCCCCUGGGAGGGGAGCUGAAGGCGGAGGAUUCUCCGCGGAAGGGCUCGGAGCAGCCGGCGGGGCACGGGCACCUGCUGCUGUGCGAGGCUUGCGGGCGCUGCCGCUGCCCGCGCUGCACGGCCGCCCGCAGCCUGCCCUCCUGCUGGCUCUGCAACCAGCGCUGCCUCUGCUCCGCAGAGAGCCUCCUCGACUACGGGACCUGCCUCUGCUGCGUCAAGGGGCUCUUCUACCACUGCUCCACCGACGACGAGGACACCUGCGCCGACGACCCCUGCUCCUGCGGGCCGGGCUCCUGCUGCGCCCGCUGGGCUGCCAUGAGCGUCCUGUCCCUCCUCCUGCCCUGCCUCUGCUGCUACUUUCCCACCCUGGGCUGCCUCAAACUUUGCCAGCGGGGUUACGACGGCCUGAAACGCCCCGGCUGCCGCUGCCAGAGCCACACCAACACGGUCUGCAGAAAGAUCUCCUCCGCCAGCGGCACGCCCUUCCCCAAAACGCUGGACAAGCCGGUAUGACCCUCCCGAGGAGGAGAAGCGGGCUUUGCUCCUCUUCCUCCCCCUCCUCUUCUCUGCUCCAUCCCCCCUCUGCUCCGCAGUGCUCCCCCCUCCCCACCAUCACCUUUUGAUUGAGACCGGUGACCUGGGGGUCCCCCGGGCUUUGGGACACCCGGGCUGGGCGGCCGGGGGAGCCGGGGACACCGAGCCGGGGCCACCGAGCCGGGGCCACCGAGUCGGGGCCACCGAGCCGGGGGUCACCGAGCCGGGGACACCGAGCCGGGGCCACCGAGCCGGGGACACCGAGCCGGGGGACACCGAGCUGGGGACACCGAGCCGGGGACACCGAGCCGGGGACACCGAGCCGGGGGUCACCGAGCAGGGGACACC